GCGCCCGGUCGGUACACUGUAUUUUCCUCACCAAAUAUAGGGAAAGUUUCAGCUUAUUCUAUAAUAAUAAUAAAACCCCUAAAAUGUCAAUAACAAGCGAAACGAACUGCAGUGGGUAAUUAAAAUUAAAUUAAUAUAAGACAAGUGUUGAAAUAGCAGUGGCGGGAAACCGUUUGACGUGUUGUGUCCUAUGUGUGCAUAGAGCGAGUGGAGCUGUCUGCCCUAGAGGGCGGCCGACAUGCUGGUUUCGUGAAUCGAUAUUUUUGGAACGCUGUUGAACCAAAAUAAUGAGGUUGAGAAUUUAAUACAGGACAGAUGAUGGAAAAUGAGAAAGGCGAACAAUGACAGCAUGUCUCCGCCGCGAGCGAUGACCCUGGGCGCCGGGGGUCGCGAGCCGGUCCAAAGCGCGCGCCGCCCGCCUACGCCGCCCAAACACACGCUUAUAAGGCUACUGCACUCAUUAUGUAUUAUACGCGACAUCACAUUGGCGCGAACACUGAACUUUAAUUUUCCAAAACACCCCCUAGUCAAAUUAAAAGAAAACUUACGAACUAGUGUAUAUUUUGUAGUGAAAACUUUAGUGCAAUUAUUCGUUGUUGCCAAGUGUACUGUGCGUGACAAACCUUGGGUUAUACUUUUACUAUACUGUUUUUCCUCGUGUGAGGCGAAACGGGAUGACGACUUGCAUAUAGGUGGGAUCUUUCCUAUGGAAGGGGAGGGAGGCUGGCAGGGCGGCCAAGCCUGCAUGCCUGCCGCUGAGUUAGCACUCGCAGAUGUCAACGCGAGGUCUGAUUUGCUAUCGGGAUUUAAAUUACUUCUUCACAGCAACGAUAGUAAGUGCGAGCCAGGGCUUGGAGCGAGUGUAAUGUACAAUUUGCUGUACAACCCUCCACAAAAGUUGUUACUACUGGCUGGCUGUUCCACCGUAUGUACAACUGUUGCAGAAGCGGCCAAAAUGUGGAAUCUAAUGGUGUUAUGCUACGGAGCGUCGUCGCCAGCUCUAUCAGACCGGGCACGUUUUCCGACGCUUUUCCGAACCCACCCAUCGGCAACGGUUCACAAUCCAACGAGAAUCAAACUAAUGCAGAAGUUUGGAUGGUCCCGCAUCGCUAUACUACAACAGGCCGAGGAAGUUUUUAUAUCUACGGUAGAAGACUUAGAAGCACAUUGUAAGAAGACUGGAAUCGAAAUUGUAACGCGGCAAUCAUUCCUUUCCGAUCCGAGCGACGCUGUGCGGAAUUUAAGAAGACAAGACGCAAGAGUCAUUGUUGGCCUGUUUUAUGUGGUGGCCGCGCGACGGGUGCUUUGCGAGGUCUAUAAACAUAAGCUAUAUGGAAAGUCUUAUGUCUGGUUCUUUAUAGGCUGGUAUGAAGAUAACUGGUUUGAAACGAACUUGGAGCGGGAAGGUAUCGAAUGCACAGCUGAAGAAAUGCGGGAAGCGGCUGAAGGACAUCUGACAACGGAAGCGCUGAUGUGGAACCAAAACUCAAAUCAGACCACAAUCUCAGGAAUGACGUCAGAGGACUUCAGGUUUCGCUUAAACGAAGCUCUGCGCGAGGCGGGAUAUGACAUAGAUCGGGAGAAGUUUCCAGAAGGAUAUCAAGAGGCACCAUUAGCCUAUGACGCUGUCUGGGCAGUUGCGUUAGCUUUUAAUAAAACAAUGGAGAAGCUACAGAAAAGCGGACUGAGCUUGAAAAAUUUUACAUACACCAAUAAAAAGAUCGCCGAUGAUAUAUACGAAGCUAUAAACUCCACUUCAUUUCUGGGCGUGUCGGGUUUGGUGGCGUUUUCAUCACAAGGCGAUCGAAUCGCACUGACGCAAAUCGAACAGUUGUAUGACAACCAUUAUGUGAAGCUGGGAUAUUAUGACACACAAGCUGACAAUCUCACAUGGCUCGAACGGGAACGCUGGGUUGGAGGAAAGGUGCCACCGGAUCGCACAGUGGUUGUGAAUGAGUUACGCACAGUGUCGCUGCCUUUAUUCGCAUGCAUGACUGCUCUAUGCAUCGCUGGCAUCCUGGCAGCUAUAGCUCUCAUUGUAUUCAACAUCAUACACAGGCAUAGACGGGUAAUUCAAUGGUCUCAUCCCGCCUGCAAUACAGUGAUGCUAUGCGGCUGCUGUGUUUGCUUCGGGUCAGCCAUCGCACUAGGUGUGGACGGAAGAUGGGUUCAACCAAAUCACUUCUCUGGUCUAUGCGCAGCCAGAGCUUGGCUUCUAGCUAUGGGCUUCUCUAUGGCUUACGGCGCCAUGUUUACAAAAGUAUGGCGUGUCCACAGACACACGACAAAGCCAAAGCCUGAGUCAAAGAAACGCAUGCACGGUUGGAAAUUAUACACAAUGGUCGGGGGUCUGCUAAUAGUGGACGUCGCAAUACUAACCGCAUGGCAGAUACGGGACCCCCUGCAACGGCGGGUGGAAAUAUUUCCACUUGAAGCACCUUACCAUAAUGAUGACGAUGUUCACAUACGACCUGAACUGGAGCAUUGCGAGAGCGAACAUAAUGCCGUCUGGCUUGGUGUAAUGUACGGGUACAAAGGUCUCGUGCUUGUGUUCGGGUUGUUCCUAGCAUAUGAGACACGUUCAGUCAAAGUUCGGUCCAUCAACGACUCCCGAUAUGUCGGCAUGAGUAUCUACAAUGUGGUGGUACUUUGCCUCAUCACCGCACCAGUCACUUUGGUGAUAGCAAGCCAACAGGACGCAGCCUUCGCCUUCGUCUCCCUCGCAAUUGUUUUUUGCUGCUUCCUCAGUAUGGCGCUUAUUUUUAUACCCAAGGUAAUAGAAGUAAUUAGGCAUCCUACAGAGCGAGCUGAAAGUAAUCGAGGUUCCGGGUCGGGAUCUGCACCGGCUGAUGAAGAACGCUAUAGGGAACUGGUUAAAGAAAAUGAAGAACUUCAGAAACUUAUCGCACAGAAGGAAGAACGGAUCCGAGUUUUAAAACAGAAGUUGGCUGAACGGGAAGCGGCUGCAGCUGAUGGCGUAACCCAAGGUACGAUUGUAGCCGACUUGGUGACUGCCACCUCAGACUAUGGCACCUCCACUAACUACACUCGCUCAUCCCGCGCCUCUGUAUCCGAUCUAGACUUCUCUGAGAGCUAUCUGUAACUGGUUCAAGCAGCUUACAGUUUGUGAAAUUGUCACACCUUAAAAGGAUAUUAAAAAUAAAUCCUCCAAUACUAUCGUUCCCAUUACAAAAGUCUUAAGAACAUCAUACUUUGGUGUUACACAAAACUAUUUCAAAGUUAGUAUAAAUAGAGUAAAUAUUAUAUAAAAAUGCAAAAAUCUUCGACGAGCCUUAUCCCCUUAUUCAUAAAAAGUAAAUUAUUAUAAUUGCACUAUUUUAAGUCUUUCGUCACUAUCUAUCAAAUAGUGUUUACACUAUCAUGAAAUAAACAAAUGAUUACUUCAUUACCCUAAUACGAUGUAUAGUCUGUCAUUUCCUGUUAAUAUGUUUUGUAUUUCCAUUAGAGGGAAAUGGAAUUAAUGAUGUAUAUCGUCUAAUUAAAGCUCACCGUGAAAAAAGUCUUCCUACCUACGUCACUCUCACUUUUUUACUCGACACCUUAUAUUAAGUACAGAUUGUAGCAGGUAGGACAUAGUUUCGAUAUAAGUGUAGGCUAAUAUAACUUGUUACUUGACAUCGAUAUAAGGCCCUAUUCUCAUUUUUCUACUGCAUGACAAAUAUAUACUUUAAUUUCCCAUUCUAAAUAAUAUUUAAACGGAGAUUAGUAUUUGCUUCAAAUUUAAUUUAAUUUAGCACAUUCCAAAAUAUUGAUUAUAUUUAACGCUCGUCAUUUGUUUUACUUAAUUCACAACCUUCGUGUUCUAUGUUGGUGUUACUAUUUUCUAUGUAUAAAACUUGAGCCUAAGGUAUACUUUUCCCGAUAAUAACAUCCCAUACAUUUAACAAAACAAGUUACUUUUUACAAAUUUUUUUCUUAUAAAACGC